UGGACUACGGGUGUGGAGCUGCACGCAGGAAUACAUUCAUUUUCAGGCAUCUCUUUUGGGCAAUGAAAUUCAUACAGUGAAAGUGAAGACAAAUAAAGCCCAACAUGACGGUGGAUUUUGAAGAAUGUAUCAAAGAUUCACCCAGAUUCAGGGCAAACAUUGAUGAGGUGGAAACAGAAGUCGUUGAAAUUGAAGCUAAAUUGGACAAGCUGGUGAAGCUAUGCAGUGGGAUGAUAGAGGCCGGGAAGGCGUACGUCACCGCCAACAAGCUCUUUGUGAACGGGAUCCGAGACCUGUCCCAGCAAUGCAAGAAGGACGAGAUGAUCUCGGAGUGUCUGGAGAAGUUUGGGGAGAGUCUCCAGGAGAUCGUCAACUACCACAUGAUCCUGUUUGACCAGGCCCAGCGAUCUGUGAAGCAGCAGUUGCACAACUUUGUCAAGGAGGAUGUCCGCAAGUUCAAGGAGACCAAGAAGCACUUUGACCGCGUGCGGGAGGACAUGGAGAUCGCUCAGGUGAAGAACGCGCAGGCGCCGCGGAACAAACCGCACGAGGUGGAGGAGGCCACCAGCAGCCUCAGCAUCACACGCAAGUGCUUCAGGCACCUGGCGUUGGACUACGUGCUACAGAUUAAUGUCCUCCAGGCAAAGAAGAAAUUUGAAAUCUUGGAUGCGAUGCUAUCCUUCAUGCAUGCACAGUACUCCCUCUUUCACCAAGGCUAUAACCUCCUUGAUGAGAUCGACCCCUACAUGAAGAAACUGGCUGCUGAGCUGGACCAGCUGGUGAUUGAUUCUGCGAUGGAGAAGAGAGACAUGGAGCACAAGCACGCCACCAUCCAGCAAAGGACUCUGCUACAGGACUUCUCAUACGACGACUCCAAGAUAGAAUUUAAUGUGGACGCCCCGAACGGAGUGGUGAUGGAGGGCUACCUGUUUAAGAGAGCGAGCAAUGCCUUCAAAACCUGGAACAGGCGGUGGUUCUCCAUACAGAACAAUCAGCUGGUGUAUCAGAAGAAGCUAAAGGACUCUCUCACUGUGGUGGUGGAAGACCUGAGGCUCUGUUCGGUGAAACCGUGUGAGGACAUCGAGAGGAGGUUCUGCUUUGAAGUCGUUUCCCCCACCAAGAGCUGCAUGUUGCAGGCUGAGUCUGAGAAACUCCGGCAGGCCUGGAUCCAGGCAGUGCAAGCCAGCAUUGCUUCAGCCUACAGGGAAAGUCCAGACAACUACUAUAUUGAACAUCUGGACAGGACGGCCUCUCCCUCCACCAGCAGCAUCGACUCGGCCAGCGAGCCGCGGGAGCGCAUGGUGAGAGGGGAGAGCAUCCUGCAGAGGAUCCAGUCCCUACCGGGGAACGAGUUCUGCUGUGACUGCGGCCAGGCCGACCCGCGCUGGGCCAGCAUCAACUUCGGCAUCCUGCUCUGCAUCGAGUGCUCCGGCAUCCACAGGAGUCUGGGAGUGCACUGCUCCAAAGUCCGUUCUCUAACACUCGACUCAUGGGAACCAGAGUUACUAAAGCUCAUGUGUGAGCUUGGCAACAGCAUCAUCAACCACAUCUAUGAGGGGACAUGCGGAGAACAGGGUCUAAGGAAGCCAGGGCCCAACAGCACCAGGCAGGAGAAAGAGGCUUGGAUUAAAGCCAAGUAUGUGGAGAAGAAGUUCCUGAAGAAAAUGGUGGCUGGUGAGGUGCUGGUCAACGUGAACCGCAAGUCAGAGCAUCGCUGGAGCGUGAAGAAGUGCCGGAGGCACAACAGCGCCACCACCGUCCCCAAAACCCGCCGGAAAUACCGCCAAGACCGCGGUAGCGCCUCCCCUGCCACUCUCUCCACUCUCUCCACAGCCACUGCUGCACUGGAGAGGAAGUUUCACAGAGACUCCCUGUUUUGCCCAGACGAGCUGGACUCGCUCUUCUCCUAUUUCGACACGGGCUCCGGACCUCGCAGUCCGGCAGGUUUAAGCAGCGACAGCGGACUGGGCGGUAGCACGGACGGCAGCACGGACAUUCUGGUGUUUGGCCCAGUGGUGGAUAGUGUCACAGAAGAAGAGUGUGAGGUGUCAGAGGACUCGAGUGGGGAGACGGAGCUGGAGCCGGAGCCGGAGGUGUCUGACCCAGAGGACGUGCGGGAGCUGCACCCCGGGGCGCUGCUCUACAAGGCCUCGCACGCCCGCAACCUGCCCAUCAUGGCCGAAGCGCUGGCACACGGAGCAGACGUCAACUCUGCCACUGACGAGGACGAGGGCAAGACCCCUCUCAUCCAGGCUGUCAUUGGAGGCUCUCUGAUAGCCUGCGAGUUCCUGCUGCAGAACAGUGCUGACGUCAAUCAAAGAGAUGCCAAGGGCAGAGGGCCACUGCACCAUGCCACAUAUCUGGGGCACACGGGGCAGGUGUGUCUGUUCCUGAAACGAGGCGCCACACAGAAUGACGGUGACGAGGAUGGGAAAGACCCGCUAAGCAUCGCGGUGCAAGCCGCCAACGCAGACAUCGUCACUCUGUUGCGCUUGGCUCGGAUGAACGAGGAGAUGCGGGAGUCGGAGGGUCCGUUUGGGCAACCAGGAGAUACAACAUACCUGGACAUCUUCCGAGAGUUUUCUCACAUGGCCUCACACAACCCAGAAAAACUGAAACGUCGAAGUGUACACUUCCGUCACUCCUUUAGAGUAUGAUCUGUGAAGAUGGCAGUAAGAAGUUGCUGCGAACCUACAGUGCAGACCUUGGAUGCUGGGAGAGGCACAGCAAAGGAGUAAUUCAACAGAGACCAGUUUUGCAUAUUUUUUAUGAUCUACUCCCAUAUUUCUCUUGCUCACUAUAAGUGCUGCAAAUGUUUCAAUAGAAUGUAUGAAUGCUCAGUGAAAUAUAUUCUGAAUUUUGAUGUCUGAAUUGCUAUAUCACAAGUGAAUAUCACAUGGCUUUUUGCAUCUUAUGAUGCAAACUGUUGAUGCUGAAUUUAAAUCUGAGCAUGUUUACAUCACUUCUGUUGCAUUAUACAUUAUUUACAAGGACUAAGAUUGUCAUGGAAUUAGUGUUUGCCUGUGAGAUGUUUUCAUUCAUUUGCAAGUAUGGCUGGAAUUCAGUUUGACACUUUUGCUAUCCAAUGCUAUUGAUAAUACAAUGAAUUUUUAGAUUGUGUUAUAUGUAAUGUCAUUUUUAGGGGAAUUUGCUGGUCAAAACCCCCUUAUGUGUCAUUUUUCCAUUGCCUAUUUCUCUUAAAUUUAAGAAGCACUUAUGUAAUAAAUUUUAAACGAUGAAGCUCCAUAUUCAAACUUUCUACUCAUUCUGCAGUACAGUGCAGAUCACCAGAUCCAUACUGUAGGACUUUACUCUUUUAAUGCAGGCCUACUGCUCCAUGGUUCAUUGAUUUGAACUCAGCAACAUGUUAAUUGGGCUGCCAAGUUUGAGACACAACCAAAAGAAAUGUGUGUGGGAGAUAAUUUCAUGUAAACAUUUCAAUUUCAAAUUGAAUUUUUUGGAAGACAAGUUAGGCUACAUCUGUACUGGUCAGUGAGCAUGUCUCAAUAUGAUAUUCAAAGCUAUAGUGUUAUCAUCAAUAGGCCAAUGCUAGAGAUUAACAUUUCAUGACAGUGUUUAUUCCUUCACUCUGAUGCUAUGAUGGCUAUGCUGGUAAGUAGCCCAUUGUAUUUUAUUGUUUCUGUAAAGUACGAUAUAUCAGUUACGUAUGUUUUAAAAUGUAGAGGCAAAUGCUAAUAUAUCUCAAAAUUUGUAACAAAAUGGGGGAAAUGUUCGAUCCCUUUGAGAUCAAAAUAAAGAAUGCUUAUCUUUUCAA